CGGAAGAACGUUCGUUUCGUUCUGUCCAAUAGAAGGCAAAAUGGCUUGUGAGUUUUCGACGGUCAUUCUAGGGGCAGUAGCCCUACUGAUCCUUUACCUGAUAAACAAAUACACUUAUUGGAAAAAACAAGGAAUUCCGACCGCGAAAGGAUUAGUCCCGCUCGUGGGCCACGUAUUGCCGCUGACGACCAUGAAGUCAAGCGUCUCGGAGUUCAAUCGCCAGAUGUACGAAGAGGGCAAAAAUCACAGCAUGAUUGGAUACUACAAGAUAACGUCUCCUAAGCUACUGAUCCGUGAUCCGCGGUUGGUAAAGACCGUCAUACAGAGCAGCUUCUCGAGCUUCCACCAAAACGGCUGGGUGAUACAACCAGACGCGGAUCCUCUACUAGCGAAGAAUCCGUUUUUCUGUUACGGCGAGGAUUGGUCCAUCGGAAGAAAACGAUUAGCCUACGCGUUUUCCAACAUGAGAUUGAAAAUCCUUUUCGAGAGUGUUAAGGGCGUGUGCAAGAAAUUCGAGGACUUUAUGGAGAGACGAUUGAAAUCUAACGACAAGUACGAAGCCGAGCUGAAGUCUUUGUUUUCAAGAUACACCGGUGAAGUUGUCGCGAGCGCAGGCUUAGGCAUCGAGGGUUUCAGUUUCGAGGACGAACCGCACCCAGGGUCCUUCGAUGAGAUAGGCAAGUCGAUCUUCGAGCCGAGUCUUUGGAACGGUAUUCUGAAUAUCAUUAUAUUCAUGAUGCCCAUGCUCAACAAUCUGUUGAAGAUUAGCUUCGUACCGAAGAAGGUGGACACGUUGUUGAGGCAUAUCGUCUCGGAGAACCUGCAGGCUAGACGAAAUACGCCAACACCAAGGCACGAUUUCUUUCAAUUGAUGAUCGAUCUCGAAAAGACAGAAGGAGAAAAGUUGGACGAAAGUGUUCUUGCUGCUCAUGCGUUUUCUUUCUUUUUCGACGGCUACGAAACGUCCAGCGUUACCCUCAGCUUAAUCGGGUAUCAAUUAGCGAGUCACCCGGACGUUCAAGAAAAAUUGAGAAAGGAAAUUGUGUCCACGAUCGCCAGACACGGCGGUACGUUGACGUUCGAAGCUUUGAAAGAUAUGACGUACAUGGAUCAAGUGAUAAACGAGUCGCAAAGGUGUUAUCCCUCUUUGGGGCUCAUGAGCAAGUUGUGCACGGAAGAAAUCGAGUUGCAAGGAUCGGAUGGACUAACUUGCAAAAUCGAGCCUGGAACUGAGGUUAUCGUAUCUAUUCAUGGACUGCACUUAGAUCCAGAAUACUGGACGGAUCCGGAAGUGUUCGAUCCAGAACGGUUUAACGAAGACAGGAAACAGAACAUCGAAAAGAUGACGUACCUUCCCUUCGGCGAGGGUCCAAGGAUUUGCGUCGGAAUGAGGAUGGCGUUGGUGAAGAUCAAGGCUUGCUUGUCAACCUUGUUGAGAAACUACAAGCUCGAGCUAUCGCCAAAAAUGCAGCUUCCCUUGCAAUUAUCAUCGGCUCAUUUCCUGACUGCGCCUGUUGGCGGGAUAUGGGUCAACAUUUCGAGAAUUUAAGGAGUGGUCCCGAUGGUGCCGUCUUUUGCGCAAAAAUCAAAUCGAGACGACGCCGACGCUCGGCGCCGCCGAUACUGAGCUGUAGCUCUGACGCAAAACAAGUAUAACGAUGUAACUGCAGCCUUAAUACGACAGUGUCA